UUUCUUAGUUUAGUCGCCAUAAGUAACUAUGUACAUCAAAAGACACUUUGCGCCUGCGUUUACAUUGACGGCCAUCUUGACCGUUGUUCUAGAAUUAAUUAGUUGCGGAAACGCGACGUUGCCGGAAACUAUAAAAUGGACAGGCGGAAAUUUUGAGUGGCCGUCCUCAACCACCAAGAAUAUGUACAAAAGUAACGGAAAAUACAUCUCGAAGAAUGUGAUCGCCACUAGGGUCGCGAUGCAUAAUAACGAAGCCAUCGUGGCUUUGCCGAGGUUCAAGGCAGGUAUUCCAGCGACAUUGGCAAAACUUUCUAAGGAGGCGCAAAACUGUGAAGCCACUUUGAUCCCUUAUCCUUGCUGGUCCCUUCAGGAAGAAGGAACUUGCACAGCUCUACAAAACGUGGUAGAUCUUUAUCUGGAUCCUCAAAAUAUUCUUUGGAUCCUCGACACUGGAGUAGUGGACACUUUGGAUGAACCUGUACGCAAAUGUCCAGCAAAAGUUCUUGCUAUCGAUGUUAAUACAGAAAAGCUUAUAAAAACUGUGGAAUUGACUGGUCUGACGUCCCCCACGUCCCGUUUGCAAUACGUGGUAUCCGACUACACCCAAGACGGAAGAGUAUUCAUCUACGUAUCUGACGCGGCCUCGAGAGCCAUCCUCGUCUACGAUGUGACUUCUGGUCGUGGUUACAGAGUUGUUCUACCCCAAGCCGUGAGCAUGGGCUGCACCAGAAGGGACGUUCUCUAUCUGGCCCUUCUUCGACGUUCAGAUGGCAGCACUUGUCUAAUCUUCACUUACUUGAGUAGCAGCCGUAUGUUCUCGAUAAGGACGGAGCAUCUUCGAAACGGAUCCACGAGAGGAAAGAUCCACGAUCUCGGCAUGAAACCGAGGAAGAUGGUCGUUUUGGGCACGGACAACGGAAGCGCCCUCUUCUUCCGGUUCGAGGGCGAGGCGGACGUUUACAGAUGGGACGCUGCGAGCAAUCCUUUCGAUCCAAAGUGUUUCAAGAAGGUGUACACGAGUGCAGAGUGCAACCUCGUCACUCACGUCGUUGCCGAUUACGCGAGGGGGAGCAUGAGAGUGCUCGAGUCGAAUUUCCCUGAUUACAUGCAGGGCACGGUCGGUUGCGGUGCCACACAAGUUUUGAACGUUAUGUGAUUAGCUAGAAUUAAUGUUUUGGAAUUGAAUAAAUUGAUCAAAGUGAAAUGAAA